CGACGCGUCAACAAUGGCGACUGCGUCAACAAUGGCGACUGCGUCAGCGUGAGCGGGCCUCCGUUGUCAAGCGGUUUCCAGACGUUGUGGCGGGACCCGCCGUCGUCUUAGAAUCGGCCGCCGGGGAGCACAGAGCACCUUGUGCCCGCUCCCGCCGCGUUGUGGCUCGAGUGGCGGUGUCAAGAUCCAGCGGGGCGAGCUAGCGUCACUUCGGCCUCUUCGCUCUCCCGGACACUGCACCUGGGCUAAGUCGGCAACAUGAGCAACAACUUGGAUGAGAACGACGAGUUUGAUGAGCAGUUGCGAAUGCAAAAAUUGUACGGUGGCUCUGAGGAGGGCGACACCGAGAAAGAUCCCGGUGGAGAAAACGAUUCUUUCCAGCAGCAGCCGACUGACACCCCAUACGAGUGGGACCUGGAUAAGAAGGCUUGGUUCCCCAAGAUCACUGAAGAUUUUAUUGCUACAUAUCAGGCCAGUUAUGGCUUUUCUAACGAUGGUGCGUCUAGUUCUACUGCGAAUGUCCAAGAUGUCAGUGCUAGGACUGCAGAGGAACCUCCGCAAAGAAAAUCCCCCGAACCCAGUGAUACCAAAAAGAGGGGAGAAAAGAGAAAGGGUGAAUCAGGAUGGUUUCAUGUUGAAGAAGGCAGAAACACAAAUGUGUAUGUUUCUGGUUUGCCUCCAGAUAUUACAGUGGAUGAAUUUAUACAGCUCAUGUCCAAGUUUGGCAUUAUUAUGAGAGAUCCUCAAACAGAAGAAUUUAAGGUCAAGCUUUACAAAGAUAAUCAAGGAAAUCUUAAAGGAGAUGGACUUUGCUGUUAUUUGAAGAGAGAAUCUGUGGAUCUUGCAUUAAAACUUUUGGAUGACGAUGAAAUUAGAGGCUACAAAUUACAUGUGGAGGUGGCAAAGUUUCAACUGAAAGGGGAAUAUGACGCCUCAAAGAAGAAAAAGAAGUGCAAAGACUACAAGAAAAAGCUGUCUAUGCAACAAAAGCAGUUGGAUUGGAGACCUGAGAAAAGAGCUGGCCCGUCCCGACUGCGCCACGAGCGAGUUGUCAUCAUCAGAAAUAUGUUUCAUCCUAUAGAUUUUGAGGAUGAUCCACUGGUGCUGAACGAGAUCAGAGAAGACCUUCGGGUGGAAUGUUCGAAGUUUGGACAAGUUAGGAGGCUCCUCCUCUUUGAUAGACACCCUGAUGGUGUGGCCUCUGUGUCCUUUAGGGAUCCGGAGGAAGCUGAUUAUUGUAUCCAGACCCUCAAUGGAAGGUGGUUUGGUGGCCGUCAAAUCACUGCCCAAGUGUGGGAUGGGACUACAGAUUAUCAGGUGGAGGAGACCACGAGAGAAAGGGAGGAAAGGCUGAGAGGAUGGGAGGUUUUCCUCAACACUCCCGAAGCCAACAGAGGCCUUCAGCGUUCAGAUUCCGUCUGGGCUCCAGAAAGGGUGGGGCCUUCUAGAAUGAGGCAUUUUUCAGAGCACCCUUGCACAUCUCAAACAAAUGUUCAAGAAGCCGCAACUGAAAUGGAAUUUGAAGAACCUAUAGAUGAAAAGAAGUUUGAAAAAACAGAAGAUGGGGGAGAAGUUGAAGAAGCUGCUUCUGAAAAAGAUGCUAAAGAAAGUGGCCCUGAAAAAGAGGCUGAAAAAGGCUGUCCCCAAAAAGAAUCUGAAGAGAGCUGCCUCAAAAGAGAGUUUGAGGAAGGCUGUCCCAAAAGAGCGCGUGAAGAAGACUUCCCCGACAGAGAGUCCGGAGAACACAGCCCCGAGAAAGAGCAUGAAGAGGGUAGUCCUAAAAAAGAGUCGAAAGAGAAUGGUGCAGAAAGAGAGCCCAAAAAGAAGAGACUCAAAACAGAUCCUGAUGAGAACAGCCUUGAGGAGGAGGCCAGCCCUCAGAAGGUGGCUGAAGAUGGCAGCUCAGAACAAGGGUCUGAAGAGUGCUCGGAAAAGCAGUUUGAAGACGACUCCGAAAAAGAGUUAGAAGAAAACGGCCUUGAGAAAGGUUUUGAGGAAGAGGGCUCGGAGAAGGAAGUUAAUGAAAACAUUCUUGAGAAAGAGGUAGAAGAAAAUAACUCUGAAAAAUCAGAAUUCGAAGAUGACAGCUCUGGGAAAAUGUUUGAUGAAGAAGGCUCUGAGAAGGAGUUUGACGAAGAGUCAGAUGAGAAGGAAGAAGAGGAAGAUGUGUAUGAAAAAGUAUUUGACGACGAGUCGGAUGAAAAAGAGGACAAAGAAGUUGCAGAAGAAAAGGGGCUGGAAGAUGUGGUUGAAAAGGACAAAGAAGACGAUGCAGAUGAAAAGGUGUUUGAAGAUUCAGAUGGAAAAGAAGAUGAGGAAGAUGCAGAUGUAAAGGAAGAUGAAGACACAGAUGAAAAGAUGUUCGAAGAUGAUGAUUCCAACGAGAAGUUGUUUGAUGACGAUGCCAGUGACAAUUUGUUUGAAGAUUCCGAUGAGAGAGGGACUGUGGGUGAUUCAGGGAAUGUUAAGGAGGAAGGGCCCCUGUCCACAGGCAGCAGCUUUGUCCUCAGUAGUGAUGACGACGACGAAGACGAUGAUGACGUUUAAUCCCUUAAACUUGCUUUGUAGGGUGAUUGCUCCAUCUCCGUUUUGCCUCUGCUCCAGGGUAAUUACUAGUAGUGUUACAUGAACGUGUGCAUAGAGGUAGGAUGCCCUCAGAUCAAUGCAGUGAAGUGUUCGUGAUUAUCUGUACUGGCCGAUUUUAAAUAUAUGUGAACAAGUCAA